AUGCGUUCCCACCUCCUUAAAGCGUGGCAUUGGCUCACAGAAAGUCUUUUCCCACGUAAGGUCACUCUCUCAGCGACUGAAAAACAAGAGGCCACGGCCAUUGUACUGAAACUCCUGGAUCUCAUCAAAGCCCACAAGUUCGCGGAGGCUCUCGAGAAUAGCUCGAGUACGAUCAAACUCCUCGUUUCGCCGGCCACACUUGAGAAAGCGUUAAAGGAUUUGCAGACUGCUCAAGGCCAACUCGUCUCGUUCACCCCGGUAGAAGUCGAAGGUAUUGGCUCCAAGAAAGUGGUCAAAGUCUUGGUGGAGUUUGAGAAAGGGGAACUGCUGGCGGUGGUCGCGAUCGAUGACAAAGGAUUGAUUGCGGGGUUUCGUCUCAAGCCCGCGAAAGAUAUCCCUUCCACCUGGAAACAGCCCCAAUAUGUGGAUACCGGUCUAUUUGAUGAGGAAGAUAUCGUGCUUUCGGCUGAUGGUGUCGAGGUCGGAGCAACACUGAGUAUUCCGAAAAGCAAACCGACUGCUGGCGUCGUCUUCCUAGCCGGUUCUGGACCAACAGACAGAGAUAGCACAUUGGAGCCCAACAAACCGCUCAAGGACCUGGCGUGGGGUCUGGCGAGUAACGCCAUCGCUGUGGUUCGAUGGGACAAACCUAGUGCUGAGUCAUCGAAGAUUUCAGAUGAGAAUAUCACGUUGCAGAAAGAGUAUUUGCCAUACGCAGAUGCAGCCAUCAAGGCUCUCCGGGACAAGUUGGCUAGCUCUGAUAUCCCUAUUUUCGUCCUUGGACACAGUCUGGGUGCUAUGGUCGCGCCAAUGGUUGCAAAUGCAGAUGCUAAGAUCAAAGGGGUUGUCAUGCUGAGUGCGGCAGGUGGGAAGAUGUAUGAUUCGGCGUUGAGGCAGAUGAAGUACCUCGUUUCGUUGAAUCACGAGCCUCCCUUUGCUACGCAAGAUUAUGUGGACUUGUUUUCAAAGCAGGUUGUAGUGAUUGGGAAGCCAGACUUCAAUGUAAAGAACAAGGGGGAACUGCCAUUUGGGGCACCAGCAUCAUACUGGUUUAGCGUGAAAGAGUAUGAUCAGGUUGCCGAGGUGAGGAAGCUGAGUAUUCCGGUCAGGAUCUUGCAGCCUGAAAGGGACUACCAAGUUACGGUUGAGGAUGACUUGGUAAUGUGGAAAGAAGGAUUGGAGGGGAAGGAGAAUAUUGAGAUCAAGGUGGGCGAAGGGUUAAAUCACCUCUUCAUGGCUGGCCAGGGGCCGUCAACUCCUGACGACUAUGCGCUGGAAGGGCAUGUGGAGGAGGCUGUUGUCAUGGAUAGCAAGCUCUGCGAAGUCACGGAUACGAGUCGUCUUUGCUGUCUUAGGGUGGCAAAAAUUCCAGACCUCUCUGGUCCAACGAUUGGCACGCAAGAGCCUCCUCCAAGUCCAGCUAGGAUGAGCUCUAAACUAGAUCUCGACCAAGAGAAGAGCUUGGCAGCAAUGGCUGAGCAAGCGGAAGCAGGUAGCGAGGUUGAGGAGACAGUACCCGCAGAGCCAGCUGAUGAACCGAGAGGACCUUGCGGUCUCAACAUGGAAAGCGGAGGACAGGCUCUGAGUGGCCGUGUGAGCAAAGGAUAUCCAGGAGUCCCACUCACAGCGGCAACACUAAAGGUGAAGGAGCAAAUAGCGGAAUUACAUGCGCAGGAGAAAGAGCUUCUGGCAGAGAAGUCUGCAAUCGCCCUCGAGUCACAAUCUAUCCUUGUGGAACUGGCAGCUAUCGAAACUGAGAAGGCUUGGAUCGAUGGUCGGAAGCAAGCAAAGCCCGGUGAUCCGCAGAUUCUCAUCCGGCAAUUGAACCUUGAUAAGUGGCGGAGUGCCAAUAGCAAUUGGAGUAUGGAGCUGGCAAAGCGUGCAUCUACCAAUAAAGGCAACUUUACGAUUCUCAAGAAGCGACAGGUAAAGGCGAUAAAUCAAACACAGCAAGUUCUUCAAAAUACCCAGGAGCCAAACGCAGACAUCCAACAGCGACUACAGAACAUGCAGAUGCCUGCUACUGCCCCGAUUGAGCCAGGACCUCCAACUCCAGCCAUGAUUGGUCCGCAGCAGCCUCCUACUGCGGUGGAAGGACGUCCAAAAACAUUUAGAACCCUUGCUCAGGGUGGUGCGUUCGGAAAGAAGGAAGGAAUGGCUGAGAUGCCAAAGCAUAUGUUACAGACAUUUGAGAUUGAGCACGCGGCUAUCUUCGCUGAGGCACAAACAAUCGCCGCCAAACAAGAUGCUCUCAACGCCGAGAAAGGUGUAAUCGAGCAACUGUCACUUUCGAAUUCAGAAGAUCUACAACUCCCGACCCUGAAAGCCGACCUGAAACAAGGCUCCGCAGACCUUAUUCUGCUCAGACAAAAGUUAAAUGAUCGAAAAUCACUGUUGAGGGUUCAGAUCAAGAAGAUGAGAAAAGACCAUGUGGCGGCCACCGAAGCUCGACUCUACGCCCAAGCAGAAACGGAACUGCGCCAGAUGUGGAUAGAGAACAAGCAGAUAUACGGAUUUAAUCCUGCUCCGGUCCAAAUGGGGGAUUCUCAUAUCCGGAUGCAGCCGCAAUACCAAUCUGCGCAGAUGCGCAUCGCCGACUUCGGCAUUACUCAGCAGAACAUGCAGAUGCAGUCUGAUCAUCCGAUGCAAGCAAACAAUGGACACUUCCAGCAAUCCUGGGGCCACCAAAAUGCCUUCCGCGUGGAUCCAUAUCUCCAACCGCAGAAUACUGGUGUCCCAGGCACGCUGGACAUUAGCGACUCCAGCAACAUUACAGAUGCUCGUAUUGAUUUAGCUGCAUGGAAACAGCAACAGAUUGCCGGCAAGCUUGCUCUUCAACAACACAAGCAGGAAGUUGCUUUCAAGCAACAGAGGAAGAACGAAAUUGCUGGCCAACAACAAGAGCAAGAACACACCCCGGGUCAGCACCAGGAGCCGAAGGCGCCAGACACAUCUGAAGUCUUGAAUCCCAAUUGGCUGCCGACGCGGUAUGGUCCAGGACCUUAUGUUGACAAGGGGUUUGACAGUCCCAAACUUACUUGUGACCUUUCAAGUAUCUUGAAGGCGGCGAAGUUGCGGCAGAGAGAUGUUAGGCGGCAGAAGCUUGACAAGAUCAUGAAUACCCCACUCGGUCCCUCGGGUGGAAAGGCAAGAAACAAGAAGUUCCGUCCCAGCAAUGCCUUCACUCCGGUCAACAAGUCGACAUAUUACCCAAACAGCUCGGCACCAAACCCGCCUUUGCUUCAGGCCCAGUCAAAACCCGUUAUUGACUUCACCAAUGAGGAGCCAGAAGAUACGAUGAUGGAAGUAAGCGACGUUACCGGAACUUCUGCGGCCCAGGCUGAGGCGCAAGCUGAUGCGGUGAUGGGAACCAGCGACGUCGCCGAUUUCGUCGGUGUGGUCGAGGAGGGCUGAUCCGAAUGCAUGGCAACGUGCAAGCUUCGAUUUCCCCCAGGAUAUCUGUUCCAUGACCGGUUGUACAGUACGAAUUUACUUUCACCUUGUUAAUGACGGGAUUUUCAUUUGCGAAUGGACUGGAAAUACCUUUCUG